AUGUCUUUACUGCACAGAAGGAAUCGUUUUGUGGCACAUUUGGUGCUCGUGCUGCUGGAGUGUUACUGGGAAGCGGUGUGCGGACAGCUCUCCUACUCCGUAUCGGAGGAGGCAAACCCGGGGACUGCUGUUGGAAAUGUCGCUAAGGAUUUAAAUCUCAAUGUUCAGGAUUUAGAAUACCGUCGGUUUCAGAUCGUUACCGGCUCAAAAAAAAAAUAUUUCGAGGUAAAUCUAAAGACUGGUGUUCUUUAUGUGAAUGACAUGAUAGAUAGGGAGGAACUCUGCGGAAAGACAACUAAAUGCUUUGUUAGUGUGGAGGCCGUCAUAAAUGAGCCAUUGAAACUUUACCGUAUAGAAAUCAACAUUUUAGAUGUGAACGAUAACGCUCCGUUUUUUAGUGAAAAAGUACAGUCCCUAAACAUUGCAGAAAGUACUCUGCCAGGAGUGAAAUUCGCUCUAUUAGAAGCAUCUGACCUGGAUUUGGGGAAAAAUACUGUUGUUUUGUAUGAGCUUAGUAACAGUGAACAUUUCUCUUUAGCGGUACACAAAGGGCAAAGUGUGUCUGCUGAGUUAGUGCUGCAAAAAGCUUUAGACCGAGAGAAACAGCCGGUAAUCCGUCUCACUCUCACAGCUGUAGACGGAGGAAGUCCACCAAAGUCUGGGACAUCAGAAAUAAUAAUACAUGUGUUGGACAUAAAUGAUAAUACUCCAGUAUUCAGUAGUUCUUUGUAUAAGACUAAAAUAUUUGAGAACCUGCCUAUAGGAACGUCGUUAAUAACUAUCAAUGCUACAGACGCGGAUGACGGCAUAAAUAGUGAAAUAGUAUACUCUCUCAGAAGCAAAGGUCAGAAUACAAUAUUAAAAACUUUUCAAAUUGAUCCCAAAACAGGCACAAUUACCAUUAAAGGUAAUGUUGACUUUGAGGAAAACCCAGCUUUUGAAAUCCACGCUCAAGCGAGCGACAAAGGACAACCCCCGAUGGCAGCGCAUUGUAAAGUCCUGGUAGAAGUAGUGGAUCUCAACGACAAUGUCCCCGAGAUCACUGUGACGUCACUAUUAGACCAAGUGAAGGAGGACACCAAGUUAGGCACUGCCAUAGCGCUCGUGUCUGUUCUCGAUAAAGAUGGAGGCAAAAACGGUAUAGUGCAUUGUAAUAUUACUAAUAAAGUUCCAUUCAAACUGGAAACAAACUAUAAAAACUAUUAUUCUUUAGUGGUAGACGGACGUCUGGACAGGGAGAGUGUUUCUCAUUAUAGCGUCAUCAUCACAGCUUCAGAUGAAGGGAAUCCGCCUCUCUCCAGCACCAGCAUUAUUACUGUACACGUUUCUGAUGUCAAUGACAACGCGCCACGCUUCUUAGAACCCGUUAUCAAUAUAUAUGUAAAGGAGAACAGCCCUAUUGACACGGUAAUUAAAACUGUGUCAAGUAUAGAUAAUGACGUUAAAGAAAAUGGACAGGUCAGCUAUUCAUUUGUGGACAAUAAGAGCAGCUCGUUACAGUUGUCUACGAUGGUAAAUAUAAACUCAGAGACUGGAGACAUAGUCAGCCUGCAAUCGUUUAAUUAUGAAGAGUUAAAAACGUUCCAGUUUAAAGUUCAGGCUACAGACUCUGGUGUCCCUCCGCUCAGCAGCAACGUCACUGUGAACGUUUAUAUCCUGGAUGAAAAUGACAACAGUCCUGGGAUUCUCGCGCCCUACUCUGAGCACGGCUCUGUUAACUCUGAAAACAUUCCCUACUCUGCUGAAGCGGGCUACUUUGUGGCCAAGAUCAGGGCUGUAGACGCAGACUCUGGCUACAAUGCGCUGCUUUCUUAUCACAUCUCUGAGCCCAAGGGAACCAACCUUUUCCGAAUCGGAACCAGCACAGGAGAGAUCCGGACUAAGAGGAGAAUGAGUGACAUUGACCUGAAAACUCAUCCGAUGGUGGUGUUGGUUUCUGAUAACGGAGAACCCUCACUGUCAGCGACGGUGUCUAUUGAUGUAGUGGUGGUUGAAUCCACAGGCGAAAUCCAGACUGAAUUCAGACAUGUACCUCUAAAGGAGGAGAGCUUCUCUGAUUUAAACCUGUAUUUGCUGAUCGCCAUUGCCUCAGUAUCAGUUGUCUUUGUACUGAGCCUCAUCAGUCUAAUAGCUAUAAAAUGCCACAGGACAGAAGACAGUUUCAACAGAUACAGCCCCCAAAUGAUCACCACACACCCUGACGGGAGCUGGUCGUACUCUAAAUCUACUCAGCAGUAUGACGUGUGUUUCAGUUCAGACACAUUGAAGAGUGACGUAGUGGUGUUCCCUGCACCGCUUCUGCCUGUAGAUGCAGAGUUGAUUAGUAUUAACGGAGGAGAGACAUUUGACCGGACCCAGACAUUACCCAACACAGAAAAGGUAAGAUUGAUUGUUAGGUUAAAAUACUUUUUCUUCAAAUAUAGCUAA